CUCAUAUGUAACAUUACUAAUUAAAUAUUAAUGUCAGACUCCUGGAACACAGACACCGGAGAGGCCGUGUAUCGGUCCCGGGAUGCUGUUAAAAACCUGAUGAUAAAGGUGCGUUUAGAGAGGGUGACCUCCACAGCGGCCCUCUCUCAGCACCUCCAGCAACAAGUUCUGUCCCAGCAAGACAGCGGAGACAUCGAAAUGGAGACACUCAACUCACAAGGCUUCACAGGUGAUAAUGAAGAGGAACUAGUGAUCGGCUGGCAGGAGAAACUUUUCAGUCAGUAUGAGAUGGAGCUGUUUCAGAACGAGGCGGCGUGUCAGACUCCUCUGGACCGGCAGUACCACACCGAGGUCACGGCCCUGAACAAGACCAAGGGCCGACGAAACCGCAGGAUUUUCACAUACACUGAUCACGACCGCUACACCAACUGUCUCCCGUUUCACCAACUGCAGCACUGCACUGAUUUAUUGACCACCAACAAAUCUGCCCCCUCCUUCCUGGCUGAGAGGAUGGCCAGUGUGAGACACAGACGACAGGAAAGACGCACCAUGGACUCUAACAUCCCUAAAUCAAAGAUCGUCAACUUCGAGCCCACAGAGGAGUUUGUGAGGAGCAGUCAUGUGGUGAACAAUGCCAUGCAGACCAUGCAUAUCAUGGGAGACCUGGGCUCCGCUGGAAGGUUGGGCCAGAAUGAGAAUGAAUGCUUGCUGUUGACCAUAAAGACAGACGGCAACGGAGUCCUCAUCGUAAAACCCGACUUCAACGACGGCAAAGAGCCUUACAGGAUUCUAACAGACGGGGAGAAGAAAGACGUUUGGCGUCUUACUGUCGAGAAUAUUUCCACAGCCAUGAAAUCAGAGGACAAGGAGAGGGAGCAGAACAUGUACAAAGAUCUGUAUGUGAGGCAUAAGGAGUACCUCAACAGCCUCGUCGGACAGGACUUUGAAAUGCCUCCUGCAGGUAUUCUGCGUUACCUGAUGAACGGAGAGAUAGUCUCAGCUAAAGGCUUUGAAUACGAUAACUUAUACAUCCACUUCUUCAUGGAGCUGCCCAACAACUGGUCCAGCUUGCCGUUCCAGUCACACUCCGGCGUAACGCAGACCUGUCGGACUAAAACACUCGGGAAGGACAACGUAGCUUUCUUCAGUUACCCUUUCAGCUUUGAAGCUUUCUACAUGAGUGAAAAAGAAAGUGAAGACACAGUUCUCCAGUGGCCCGUGCUGUACUUUAAGGUUCUUUCUCUGGACACAUGGCAGCGAUAUCGAACCGAAGGCUACGGCUAUCUGCUUUUUCCUGCCAUGCCUGGUAAACACACGGUGACCUGUCAUACGUGGCGGCCCCUUCAGACCGGGACAGUUUCUGCUCUGAGACGUUUCUUUAUCGGAGGUUCACCAGAGCUUGAAGACCACAGCUACGUCAGAAUACCAGGGACCUUCAAGGGAGAGAGGCUGAGUCGCUUCGGCUUUUGCACUGAAACCACAGGAAGUGUCACCUUUAACCUGCACUGCAUCCAGCAAUCCAGGGCCUUUGUCGAUGCCACCAUGUUGAAGAAGAGGAGGCAGCAAGUUUUCGACCAGCUGGGAGGAUUUAGUCAGCAAGGAGCCGUCUGCAGCAUCCUGGAGGCUUUCCAGAGGGCCAGAAGAAAAAUGCAAGAUGCCCGAGAAAGUCUUCCCCGAGAUCUCAUCAACACCACGUCUCACCACCAAAUCGAAUCCUCUGCAUAGGAGUGAAAAAU